UAUCUUUUGUAUUUUUUCAGUUGACAUCAUUUCUAACACUCCAAUUAACUAUGACUUCAAUUGUUAUGGUUCUCUCGUACGCUGUACCAUCUUUCAUAUAUAUCGUACAAUACUAUUCAUUUUAUGCUAAACCCAACGAAGUGAAACGGAUGUGGAAAGAUAUUCAUGACUGUUGGAAUCUUAUAAAAAACAAGGCAGAACGCGAUAUAAUGCGGCAAUAUGCAUCUUCUGGUGAAUUACAUUCGAUACUAAUAGCAUUGAGUAUCACCAUGAGCAUUGCUCUGUAUAUAUUUCUUGAAUUAAUGCCGACUCUUCUUGACAUAAUUUUUCCGUUAAAUGAAACUCGUCCACGGGAGUUACAUGCUUUAACAGAAUAUUUCGUCGAUGAGAAAAGAUACUAUUAUGCAAUUUUAUGUCAUUGGUUAAUGGGAUUGUGUUUUGGUGGCUUUGUCGGUAUGGCUACAAGUACUUUCCAAAUUGUAUAUUUUCAACAUAUUUACGGAUUAUUAAAAAUCGCUAGCUAUCGAAUUGAACAUUCAUUAGACAAAUAUGUAUUGUGUAAUUCUAUCCAAGAAGCUAACGCGACUAUUCAGAACAUAAGCGUUGCAGUGAAUAUGCAUCGAAGAGCUCUCGAAUACAGCGAAUUUUUCAUGGUUACUUUUGCGCCAACAUUUUUCAUAAUAGUCAUAAUCAGCGUUGCAUCUUUAAGUUUAAACUUGUUCCGAGUAAGUUAUUUUUCUUGAAUCUCUCUACAUCUCAUAAAUUUUGU